UUAACAUUAGCAACGGCCGAAGAAAGGAGCUUUCGUAUCGCAAUCAAUUGUAUCAAAAUGCUUUUAUAUUAGAGGAAGGAAGAUUUAGUGCAGACGUCAGCAAUUAGAAUUGCUGUAUCGCAAAACAUUAAACUUGGUAAAAUGGAACAAAUAAUAAUCACCAUUGCUUUGCUAGAAUACAAGCAAAAUUGUGGUAAAAGGUCAAGGUCGCGAAGUGCAACCAAAACUGACAAAAAGCAACCAAAACGGACUAAACAUAAGCAAAGACGAAAUGCGUACUACUCGGAAUAUCAUUCACAUGACGACAGGUCUACAUCAGACGAACAACAGUGUGGGCCUGAAAAUGUGCUGGGUGUUUCUAAGUCAAUGACAACGGCAGUUAAAAUACCUGAAGGAACUGAAAAGGAUGAUUCUGGAAACAAAUCAGAUGAAAGUGAAUCAUCAAUAUCAUGGCUAAAUGUGUUUAAAGAGUUAAAAACGUAUGACACUGAAGGGUCUACAAUCGCUGUCAAAACAGACGAAACUGAAGAUUUUACAACCGCUGUCAAAACAAUUGAAAAUGACAAUUUUAGAACCGCUGCCAAGACGGAUGAAAUUGAUUCAGAACAUAACAAUCAUAACCCAUCAGUAUCAGGGCUAGAUGUGUUUUAUGAAUUAAAAAACAAUCUGUCAGCAACUACUGUCAAAACAGAUGAAACUGAAUAUUCUAAACCAGCAGGCAAGACAGACACUAAAGAUGAAAACCAUAAAGCAUCGGUAUCAGAGCUAGGUGAUUUUUAUGAAUUAAAAAGCAAAUUAUCAAUAAGUGGUGUCAAAAAAGAGGAGACUGAAGACCUAACAACCACUGUCAUAACUGAUAAGACUGGCGAUUUCACAGCUACUGUCAAAGCAGAUGAAACUGAAAAUUCUAAACCAGCUUUCAAAACACAUGAGGCAGAAGAUUAUAAAAACACUGACAAAACUGACACUGGAGACGAAAAUAGUAAGUCAUCAGUGUCUGGAUUGGAUGUGUUUCAUGAGUUAAAAAACAAACUAUCAGCGACAUCUGUCAAAACAGGUGAGGCGGAAGAGGGAAAUCCAAGAAUUGCUGAUAGGAAGGAUGAUGCUGAAGAUGAACUGAUUGUAUCUAUUUUAAUACGCUGUUUCUAUUGAAUUUAGAUACAAAUAUUUAUAAUCAGAUAUAAUAGUAUAUUUAUGCAUAUAAAUGAAAGGUGUAAAUUAGCAUUC